GCCCGUCUGGCUGCCUGGGGUUGGAUCCGGCUGCAAGGCAAUCUCCUUGGACUUGAGGAGGGGGAAGGAAGGACUGGAAGUCACUGAGUGCAAACCCAGGCUGGGAGUGGAGCUGUGGACUUGUCCUCUGAGGCUGGGGCUCGCACUCUCCUCCAGUCCCAGUGUAGAUGACAGAACCUGCUGGGACUGCUACAAAGUAACUCUGCUCCCCCCCAUCCCAGCCCUGACUGCAAUGUUCCAGCAAGAGCAGCACCCUGAGCCCUGUGGCACCCAGUGACCCUGUGCCUCUUCUUCAAGGAGUUGCUCUUCUUUAAUGUAUGACUUGAUGGGUUUGAACAGCACCAGCUCUGCCAUCCAGUCCAAUGUCUCCUGCUCCUGCAACUGCAAGAGGUCCUUGUUCCAAAGCAUGGAGAUCACGGAACUGGAAUUCGUUCAGAUAAUCAUCAUUGUCGUGGUGAUGAUGGUAAUGGUCGUAGUGAUCACGUGUCUCCUAAACCACUACAAGCUUUCUGCACGAUCUUUUAUCCAUCGGCACAGCCAAGGCAGAAGGCGGGAGGAGAAUCUGUCUUCAGAAGGAAGCCUGUGGCCUUCGGAGAGCACAGUGUCAGGAAAUGGAGUGGCAGAGCACAUUUACACACCAAGACCCUCGGACAGACUGAGCAUCCCACCGUUUCUUCAGAGAGAUCGCUUCAACCGCUUCCAGCCCACCUAUCCCUACAUUCAGCACGAAAUCGACCUCCCACCCACCAUAUCGUUAUCAGAUGGAGAGGAACCGCCACCAUACCAAGGACCCUGCACGUUGCAGCUGCGCGACCCUGAACAGCAAAUGGAACUGAAUCGAGAGAGUGUGCGGGCACCUCCCAACCGAACUAUCUUUGACAGCGACUUAAUUGAUAGUUCAGUCUACGGAGGACCUUGCCCACCAAGCAGCAACUCUGGAGUGAGCGCCACCUCUUACAGCAGCAACGGGAGGAUGGAAGGGCCACCUCCAACCUAUAGCGAGGUCAUAGGUCAUUACCCCGGGUCCUCAUUUUACCAGCAUCAGCAUAAUACGGGCACUCCUUCAAUAUUAGAAAGCAGCAGACUUCACUUGCAAAGCAAUGUUCUCGAUAGCACAGUUGCACGGAGCAAAGACAAAGACAAACAAAAAGGACAGCCGUAUUAGGAUCAAAAAGCAGCGAACUGAAUGACAAAAAGUUGAAAUCUUUAAACACUGCACUUCUAAGCUGGCCCAUUCGUUGUCAGCCAGGGUCGCAAUACCAAGACUGUUGCGUGCCUUGUGAUGACCAACAGAUUGCGGGGGCAAAAAAACUUUUAAAGAAGUCAAAGAAGAGGAGGGAAAACAAAAAUGUUAAGCAAGAAAACCCUCCCGGCCUCUUCACCUUCUUCCUGUAUAAAUAUUUAGUUGUUUUGUCUGGUUUGAAUGCACAAGCCGAGGAAGCUUGCUAUCCUGUUUAUAUGUUUAGCUGUGUCUUGGAUUCCUUUACACAGUUGCCCUUUAAGAAGUUGACUAGCCUGCGUGAGUGCUUACCUAUAUACCCCAUCACCUUAUAUCUAUAUAUAUAUAAAUAUAUGUAAUUUUUUUUUUUUUUAUAUUUCACUUAACGUUAAGGAAACAAAAUCCUGAAAAUAUUUGCACAAAACUUUAUUUGUUAAAAAGAAGACUUGCAAUAUAUAAUUAUAUAUGAGAACUAAGAGAAAAAGAGUAUGAGUGAGGGGAAGUAUUUUUGUAUUACAAAAGGGCCUAUACAUUUUGGGAUGCUUGUUCAUCAGAAAAUGGACGUGAAAACAGAAAAAAAAAAAAGUUUUUUUUUGCUGGGAUGGGUGGAUUUGUUUGAGUGCCAACUCAGAAAGAGUGCUGUUUAGAGUAAAAAAAAAAAAAGAAAAAAAAAAGGAAAAAGCAGGGGACUAGAGUUAUUUAUAUAAAUGUUAAAAAUAAAAUUUGCACUAUUUUUGAUAUGACUAUACCAGUCCUUGUGUUAAACAAUGUAUCAUGUCUACCACAAAAAAUACUAAACUAAGAAAGAUAAAAAAGUUAUGUGCUUCAUUCAUCAACUAUGUUCAAAUACCCAAAUGAAAAAGAAAUUACAGCAUUUUAUUUAAUUUUUGUUUUUGAAUUGUUGGGAUCUUUGAUCGGGGUGAUAAUGCAUUAUUUCUUUAGAAUCUGGUUUCAUGGUGUGAAAUUUUUCAAGCUCAGAUUAGUAGUACAUGUAACACAUUGCACAAUUAAAGAAAGAGCUUUUUUCCCCCCAGUAACUAAUCCACACCGAUGGAUCUGUGUAACGCUUAAACCGGGGCCAGGACCUGCUCAUGUUUGAAUCUCAUUUCUAGGCCGUCACCAAUAGGACAUUUAUGACCGGUCAUCCAGACUCCUCAUCAAAAGUCACGUAAUUGGUACAGCUUCUUUAUAUUAGGCCCCAGUCCCCUAAGGUCAACAUACGCAGCCAUAUUGCGCGAAAAGCAUUUUUAGGCCUAUUUGGUAAAGCUAUUUAGGAAGUGGGGAUCUGAUUUGUUGUAGUGGGUAGGUCUGCUCCUCUUUGUAUUUUUUUUUUUUUUAAGGGACAGUACCCAAUGUGCAAUUUCUUUCAUACUGAGUUAUUUCAAAUGUUUAAGAAUGGUGGGAAAAAAUUUUUAUGCAUUAAACCAAACAUCACCUUAAUAUCCAACUUAUCCUGUACUACUUACACAUUCCCUAUUAGACCAGAAACAGUAUUUGGGCCAAUUUACUAAUCUUAAUUGGAGAAAAUACAUUUUUAUUAAAGAGCUUCUGUUACGCAAUUCUGUUGUUUUUCUUUCCCUUAAAGGUCUUAACAGAUUGACAGGAAUCAUAUCGUUCCUGCACGAUGCCAAUGGCUCAGCUUGUCAGCAUCUUCUUGGCAUUGUGUUAAAGGGGUUGUACAGAUUAGAAUUAUGUGGCUGCUUGCUUUCAAAAUUAGUGCCACACCUGGUCAGGGGUUGUGUCUGGUACCGCAGCUAAGCUCUUUUGAAGUGAGUAGUGUGGAGCAGCAGUGCCACCAUGGACAGGUAUGACACCAUUUUUUUUCGAAGGAGGCAGCCAUAUUUUCUAUUCUUGGACAACACUUUUAAUGUCUACCAUUUUGCUUUGUGACAGAACAAUGCAAAACCAUACAGGUUUGUGCAAAAAGUUUGCUAAGCAGCAUGAGAAUUAUAUUGAUUUCUUUUUUUCUUAUUUUAGCUUCCAUUGUAAAUUUCACUUGUAAGUCUAACCCCUAAUGACUGGUAUAAUGAAAACAUUGGCUAAUUUGAUGGUAUAGUUGGUCCUCCUAGUGAUUUUAGCUCCACUAUAAAAUUUCCUAGAUCGGUAGAGGACAUAGUACAGUUGACCCUCUUAAUUUUUCAAAUUAUUAAUUAAAAUUUUACAUAGUGACACCAAGUGAAUCUUUGGGACACCAGUGAAUUAUGGCAACAUUUGAGGACUUAAUGCAACGUCAUUAGUAACCUAAGGUGGACAAUGACAAGCAACCAUGCGUUUUUCAACACACGAGGUUUGCUGUGUAGCUGUUUUUUGUCGUAUUUUUGGACUUAAAAAAUUAUUUGUCAUAUUUCAAAUCACAAAAUCAAGUUUUAUUUUACACAUUUAAACAUAAAAAUUGCAGACAAAAACCUCUGUUUUUAAAAACUUUCUCUGAAAGUAAGAUUCCAAGCAUUAUAUUACUUUCAAAUAAAUUCAUAGUUUACAGAUUUGAUACAAUCUGUGAAGUAAUACCAGCUAUAGAUGGUUUGUUCUGUUGCUCUGGCCGGAUUUGGGCAGUGUGGGUCGAAGUCUGUUAAAACGAGGAACAUUUUUUGUCGUCUUGGAAAUUUUCCUUGUGUUCAUGUGCCAAUUGUGACUUCUUCCCAAUGACUCGUAUUGAUGGGCAGGAAUUUUUUACUGUCCAAUUACAACAACUCCCAGCAUCUCCUAAUAGUAUAGAAGUGUAGUCAAACACAUGUUAGUUUGCAAUAGCGCUAUAACUGCCUAAAAAUUAUGUAUUGCUAGGACACUGCUUAAGAUUUUCACACCAGAUUGGAGUCACUGGGUCAAGCACGGCAUAAAUUAGCUUGUCUAACUGCUAAUUAUAGUGAUUAACAGACCUUCCAAGUGAACUGGAUCGAGAUUUCAUCCGAAAUCUAUAUCUCAGUGAGCUCAAAAUGACAAGAUAUUUUUCUUCUCUUUAGCGGAAUUGCACUUCAGCCAGAAAUGUUAAUUAAGACUUGAAAAAGCAAAAAUCAACAAACAAGACCCUCACAUGGCCAACGACACUUUACAACAGUGUUUAAGCAGAAUAUUUAACACAGGUCUAUAUUACCUCUGUCUCCUGAAAUUGUAAUAUAUAGAGACAGAUGUUUUUGAUAGAAUUUAUAGUAAUAUUUGCUGAACUUUCUGCUUGAUUGUUAACACAAAUGAACAUUUUAUAAGCAAUGAAAAUUUACCACAUGUGUAAAGAAAUAUUCCCAAUUUUUUCUAAUGCUAAUUAGGGAAAGAAAAAAAAAAUCCAAUUUAGAACUUUGCAAAUUUAAUGUUCUGGCCAUUUUUGCAUUGAAGCCUAAUUAUAAAAAAAAAAAUUGGGCAAAUUACAUUUUUCAAUUUUGCUUGCCCGUUGCAGCAUCACAUGCUAUACCUGUGUAUGUCCCCCACAAGUUUCCAAAAAAAAGGGGUUGGACCUUGUAAAAUCUUGUUAUAUAUAACUUUUUUUUAAAAGUGGGAAUAAGAAAUAACUGAAAUUGUUUACAAAGUGGGGUUGGGUUGGCAUUUUCAUGCAAACACGCCCUUCAUUUUCUGAUGUUUUUGGAAGACAGUUAAGGAAUAUGGUAAAGCAUUCUUCCUGUAGGAGUUUCUCAAUUUGCACAAGAAAAGAAAAAGAAAUUCCUUACAAAGUAAACUCAAACCAGCAGUGACCUCUUAGUGGACUGAAAAUAUAAAACAAAAAGAAUAUGGCAAUAAGUUUUUUUUUUUAUUUUUUUUUUCCAAGCGUUUCCAACUUUUUUUAUUUGUAAUUUGUUUUACUAGUCCACAAAUCUAUAAUCAU